UCGCAGGGGAAGGACGAGCGGUUCAGGCGUCUGACCGGGGCCGAGACUCUCUGACAGAUGGACCGAGGAUGGGCCGAGGCGGAAAACGCGUGAUGUUGAUGAUUUAAUGGCACCGAGGUUUAAUCAGCAGAUGAUCAGAGAUGAGAAUCAGGGUGGACGUGUUUUCAUCUGGGACUGAUAAAGCGAACGAGGGCCACAGAGGAGGACGGUCAGCGGUGUGAGGAUAACCGGUCCAGAUUUCACUCUCAUUGUUGGAAAUCAUGAUUAAGCAAAUAAUUUCUCAAUGGAACAUAAAUCUGCCACGUCAACGGAUGUCAGGUGUAUCUUUACAUCUUGAAAACUUCUCCAGAACUUCACAGAACUUCUGGGUAUAAAUCUUUAUCAUCUUUAUUGAUGCAGCUUUCCGGAGCUCAGACCGUACGGACAACAAUCCAAGCCUAGUCCAACUUCUGUAACGGGAUUAAAAUUUGUACUAAACUAAACUUUGAUUAUUGCUGAGCCAUGGAGCCAGUGUCCAGCAGGACUUCAUCGUAACUCCAUCACUCAUGAUGGAUCAGGAUGAUACUUAUACAGAGGUUUGGGAGCCUCCUAUACACGGACUCCACGGGCCCAACCGGAUGCGGCCCUCCUCGUACCGGGCUCUGCGGAGCGCCGUGUCCAGCCUGGCACGGAUCGACGACUUUUUCUGUGAGAAGAUCGGCUCCGGUUUCUUCUCCGAAGUUUUUAAGGUACAGCACAGGAUCACAGGACAGGUGAUGGCUCUGAAGAUGAACACACUGGCCAGCAACAAAGCUAACAUGCUAAGAGAAGUGCAGCUAAUGAACCGCCUCUGCCACCCCAACAUUCUCAGGUUUUUGGGGGUGUGUGUUCAUGAGGGACAGCUCCAUGCUCUCACUGAGUACAUUAACGGAGGUAAUCUGGAGCAGCUGCUGGACAGUGAUAUAUAUCUAUCAUGGGCUGUGAGGACUGGACUGUCUCUGGACAUAGCACGCGGUCUCCAGUACCUGCACAGCAAGGGCAUUUUUCACAGAGACCUGACCUCCAAGAACUGUUUGGUGCGUUGUGAGAACAGCAGCGUGUUUACAGCUGUGGUGGGAGAUUUUGGUCUUGCUGAGAAAAUUCCUGAUUACAGUGAUGGAGUGGAGAAGCAGCCUCUGGCUGUGGUGGGUUCCCCCUACUGGAUGGCUCCGGAGGUGCUGAGAGGAGAGCUUUACAAUGAGAAGGUGGAUGUUUUCGCGUACGGGAUCAUCCUUUGUGAGAUCAUUGCUCGUAUUGAGGCCGAUCCAGAUGUGCUCCCACGUACAGAGGACUUCGGACUGGACGUGGAGGCCUUUGAGCAGAUGGUGGGAGACUGUCCACCAGCUCUCCUCAGCCUGGCUGUUAACUGCUGUAAUAUGUGUGCAGAGAGUCGACCCUCUUUCUCGGAUAUUGUUAUAACCUUGGAGAGGAUUGAAAGGAAGAGUGUAAAGAUUGAGACACCAGUAAUCUUAGAGCCCAUUGGUGCUGAUAAAAGUCCCUACAGGAGGAGGAGUUCACCCUGCCAGACCCAGCGCCUGGCGCGGAGUCAGUCGGCUCUGCUGCCGCCGGCCUCGAGUCCAUGCGUGGGUACGCCUGUGCGACUCAACCCGUUCUCCCUGCGCCACGACCUGAACGGCGGUCACAUCAAACUCUACGAUACUCCCAGCAAGUCUCUCAUCUCCCUGACGUUCACCCUGCCGCCAUUACCCGAGCCCUGCUCCUCUCCACCACUGGGCGGGGUCUCCAUGCUUCGAACGCCGCCACGGAGGUGCCAGUCCCUGCCGUGCACGCCUGAACUGGGACGUCCUGUCAACUCCUUCCACGAGCCCGAGACUCAAAGUGCAAAUAAAGAGGAGGAGGAUGCGGAGAAGGACGAGACUGAGAAGGGGACGGGAAGGUCAGAGAAUGCUGGACAGGAUUCUGACUCGGUUCUGGAUCUGGAGAUGGUGUCUCUGGAGCGGGUUGAGGAGGAGGAAGAGGAGAAAGAGGAAAAAGGCGAGGAAGAAGGACUGUAUGGCUCAAAACCUUUAGACUAUAAAGGCUCCAGUGCAGCAGAGGGCGCCCUUAGAUCAAACGUUAAGCCUCUUUUUAGCGGUUCUUAUUUGUCCUCGUCCUCCUCCUGGGCGGUACCUAUAUCAAACGGUCCUCCCUCCCUCCCUCCUCUUCCUCGACUAAACAACAACAAUGGCAUGCUGGGAGUCGGACAGGUUUCCUGGGCGAGGCUCAAUGGCUACCGCACCACCAGUCAACUUCCGCCCCCCGCGGAACAGGACGAGGUCAUUUCCUGUCCGAGCUGUUGUCUAGCAGGCUUCAGCUUUCCCUCCGUGUGCCUGCGUGGAGUUCCCGCCCUUCGUCAACCCCCCUCGCUCCGUCCGUACAGGCAUCUCAACGGAGGCGAGACGGCAGCCGCCAGGGCGAGCAACGGGAUGCUGUGUCGGAGGGCGAGGGGUCUGGUUCCGCUCACGAUGCCCUGUGAACCGGGCUUGCCUCUUCCAGAGGCGCAGACUUAACAGAACGUACGCUGCACGUCUGCCAGCCUUGGCACUGAGGUGGUGCCCGUCACUGCUGUGAUUAAACUAGUAGUGUUAACGUGCGGUGAGGUUCGUGUUAAUUGUGCGGUGGGGUCUGAGGGGCGUGUGUGUAACAUGUACGUGUGAGAAUGAGGACGAGUAUUAUAAAGAGUAAGGGCGCAUUCACAUGAGAAGCGCUCGGCUUGAGCGGUGCAGUAAAACAUCAUCAAAGUGCGAAUAUGUGACGAAUCUGCAUUUGAGUGGAGUAAGCAUCAGAUCCAGUCUGAAAGCUCCUCAUGUAUCUGUGUUUACCUGGAUUUUCCUUCCUGUUUCACUUUUAAACUUGUGUUACAGCUCGAGAUUCUGAGAAACUGUGAGAAUCAGAAUCAGCUUUUCUGAGAGUCUGAGACGCUUAUUGUUAAAAAAAAAAAAAAGAUUUACGUGGUUUAAUGUAUUAAAAGAAGGAGACAGGA